GUUGAAAACAAACCCGGGCUGCCGCUGUUGACAUGACGCCUGAGCACUUUGUAGUUAAAUAAGCAGAGGUUCUAUCUUUGGGUUUUGUGCACGAGCUUGUUAUUUAGGACUGCAGUGGCCAUGGAGUUAUCUUCCCUGAUUAAAAAAAUUGGUCACUCACUGGUAGAAAUAAGAGUUAGAGCUCUGAAGAACAUCCUGUGUAAACUGGACCAUUCUUUGAUUUCUGUAAAUGACAUCGUCCAAGAAAAGAUGCUGUUUGUGUAUCUUCUGGAGUGGUUCAACUUUCCAGAGGUGCCAAUGAAGGAAGAAGUGCUUGGGCUGCUUUUAACUUUAUCAAGGCAUCCCAGUGCAGCCCAGAUGCUGAGAGACGUUGGGGCGGUAGACUUUCUCACUUCGCUAUCUCCUAAUCUGGAGCCCAGACUGCGAACUGUCAUCGAUGGAACCCUGGACCAGCUGUUUCAGCUUCCUGAGCUGCUCCCCAGUCAUUCAGCUGUCUACUCACAUGGAGCUCACUGUACAACUCCAACAGUUGUCUCAGCAGAUGAAAACAUACCCACAACAGGUUAUUUUCACAAAGGCAAGCCCAGCAACAUAGAAGUGCCACCCAAGAAGAUAGCAGUAAAUGAAUCAGUGAGAUGUCUGAAGUUCUCGGUGUUUCCUUGGCUGGCACUGACAAACACAGACAGGCACAUACUUUCGUCUAACGAGAGCUCUCUGGGGAGCACUAAUCCUAACUUGGUGCGAACCACAUGUGAACUUCUGUGUGAUGUUAUUAUGCAGGACUUUCCUGCAGAGAUUUUCCUUCAAAGACCUGGAAUUGUGAAGAACCUUUUGUCUCUUCUGCGGCUGAGUUCGUGUAAAGGUGAGGUGAACUACCUUCGCUCGCCUGCUCUUUCCUGCCUGCGGCAGCUUUGCGUGGGGCUGAGGAGGAGACUGCGUUUUCACCAAGAUCCCGGCUUCUGCUCUGCAAAGCAAGAUGCGGUGUCGCAGAAUUCGUCCUUGUCUUACACCCAGGAGGUUCAGGGUAACCAGCGUUCUCAUGCGUCCUCACCUGCGACCGAGCGUUCUCCUCGACCUUCUGUGUUGGGCCGCAGAGAGAGAGCCAGGGGAGAUGGCCAAGAUGGAGACGCAGCCUCAGACAGCGGCAGCUCACAGAGAGGUGGAGUGGCAGUCCAAAUAUCUAAUUCCCCUGAACAUGUGGCCCAAUUGGAGCUUCCUGACCUGGGUGCAGAAGAUACCUUGGAGCUGCAGUUACAACAGCUCACCUUGGCUCAGUUUACUGUUACCACACUGCAGCACGCCAUACCACUGCUGAAGACAGAAGGUUUGCACAUGUUCCACCGUGUUCUGGAGCUGCUGUGCGACGCCGUCCUCCUGCUCGGGGACAGCGUGUGCGAGCUGGUCUGGGACGAUCACAGCCUGGUGGGGAUGGAGCUGAAAGAAACACUGCAGACCUGCAUGGAGCUGCUGAGUGAUAUUCUCAGCUAUCACCAGAACUCUUCUGCAGACAUUCCUCCCAGUUCCCAGAUAAACCACAGAAUGGCCUACAUAGGUACUGCCGCAUUCACCAUUAAAUUCCUACAGACUGUUCUCCCUCCUGAGAAGGCUAGCAGCAAUCUUCAAGAUAACAUGGCAACUGCAAUUUUCCACUUAAGCUUGGACACAUCAUUUGGCAGUUUAUUACCAAGCAUGCAGGAAGCAGCUGUUGCCUACUUGGAGCAGGUGAACGUAGACAACCAUGAUGUCUACAGGAGGGUAACCAGAGCUGCUCUCUGGAUGGAAUCAACCUGCAGCUUUAUCAAGGAAACACAAGCUGAGGGAGAGAAGAACUGGUUGGAGCUACUGGAAUUGGCAGAUCAAGCUACAGACGGACUUCCAUUUCACUUGCACCUGCCUAUCAUUAAACACUGCGUUCUCAUGUGCUCCUACCUGUGGAGAUUUGAUCAACCCAGUCCAUUCCUUCAGACUGAGAGCCAGAAGCUUCUUCUGAAGAUGCUGUCUCAUCCUUUACUGGCUGUCAAGAUCGAAGCGUAUGAACGUACUUUGAACCUGGUCAAGGACUGCCUUGGCAUCCAGAAUGUGUCACGACAGGAACCGGCAGCGUGCGCCGCCGUUAACUUCCUCCUUCACCACAGGGUGCUUUAUGAAAUUAGCACUUUUGGACUUCAAGACUCUGCAGAAAAAGUGAGCUUGGCUGCCAAGGAUAUCCUGCUAUUCCUGCUCAAGGGACGAUUGAUGAUGACAGCAUCAGCCUGGGCCAGAUUCACUGAGGCACUUCACCCGGUCAUACCCAUAUUACAGGGCUACGCCAACACUGAAGAGUCACUUGGAAACUGUGUCCUGCUGAUAAGUGACACGUCGGAUGCGGGCGUGCUUUCAAACACAGCCAAGCUAAAAGCAGCGCUCCGACUGCUUUUUUCUAAAAAACCCACAGUAAGAAUGGCAGCAGUGCAGCAGAUUCUUCCACACAUCACCAGCGGUGAAGAUGCAAGCACCUCCAGACCGGACAUGGAUCAAUCAGUGAUUGCAUCUCUUCCUAACAUUUUCUGUGGGAAAAACCUUGUGGAUGUCACACUUGACACCCGCAGCAAGUCUUUACUAAAGGUGGAGUCGGUGGAGAAGCUGUUCCAUCUCCUGUCCUCAGACUCGGUUGACAUCUCCCUAAAAAGAUCAGCUGCGGAACAGCUGUCUGUUGUGCUGCAAGACACAACAAUGCACCCAGUGCUGAAGAGUCUCGGCAUAACAGAUAAAGUCGUUUCUCUCAUGAUGGGGAGUGUACACGGCAACAAGAGCUUCGAUUGUCUGCUGGAGCCGUGUGCGUGCAUCUUGAGAAAACUGGUGUACGCCGAUCCGUCUCUAAGGCACAGCCUGGCGCAACGCAACCUCCUGCUCCUCUGGCUUCUCAGGGCUUCGUUAAUAUUGAAGGAGAACAAAGGCAAUGGAAGUGAAAUCGCUGUCCUGAUGACUUUGCUGCUCUUUGAUGAAAUCGCCAGCAGUGAAAUGUGGUUAGAAAAAGCCAACACAGAUGUGAAAAUCUCGCCAUUUUCCCUACCGCUGACAGCAGCACGCAGCCACAACAUCCCCUUUCAGGCAGCGACUCAUCACGCUGUGAGCCCAUACCGCUGCCUCCCGGCUCCCUCCGACGACCUCCUAGCCCUCAUUCCUGCCAGGCAAGCCUUGCAGGUGGCCUGGAACACCGCAUGGCAUUCUGGGAUAAAUAACCUCCUUGAAAAGCUGCACGGUGUUGCAAGCGAUGCUAACGAAUUUAAUCCCGAUUUAAAGCUGUCGGAGUCUCAGCUUUUGUCAGUGCGGGUGGCACACCUUCCCUCUGCUCUGCGGGACUGCGUCCAGGCCAUCGCCACCGCAGCCGGGCACAGAUCGGUGGCCUCUGGCCUCAGCGGGCUCAGCCUUUACCUGUUGAUUGACAGACUUGCGCUUCCUCAUGUUCCUACAUAUAACUGCAGGGACACCCUGCAAUCCCUCAGCUGGCACACGGCGUUGGCCAGGUUUCUGCAGGUGCGACCAGCCUGCAUCGAGGAUGAAAGGUUGCUGGUGGGAAUUGUGACAUUUUUGAACGCCUACUUCAAAAGGGUUCACGCCGAGUUUGUGCCUGACGAAGAAGACAGAGACCUACGCUGGAUCCUGGAGCUGCUUCUUAACCAAGAAACUGCAGUUCUCCUUCAUUUGCUUCAUGGCGUGGAGACGCAGAGCUCAAACCAGAGUACCGAGCAGCCGGAGGAACUAAAGAACCGGAUGAGCCAAACACUACAGAGAGAACUCAUCAGCUUCUUCAACACCCUGCUGCUCAGACUGUCGCACACCACUGACAGGUUGUGUUUGGCGUCAGCCGGCCUCUUCAAAAGCCAACUGGCGGUCCGCUUGCUGCAGAGCCUGCGGGUGUCCGAUGCCCCACGUUUCUAUGGCCUUCCCAGCCUGGAGAGGACACUGCAGGGCAUGGUCAGCCUGACUGCCCAACCUGGCUGGAGCUCCCACUGCCCUGACCUGGAGCCCAGCUCCCUCUGCUCCAAGUAUCUCAGUGGAUUAUUAGAGGUUAUCUCCUCCUUUUAUGUUGAGUGGGGCGGUAACUCGCUGUCUUUCAUGGGAAAAGGUGUAACCAAGAAUGCUGUCAUCUGCUUGCUGCAUCUAUCCCACGAGAUGAUGACUGAAAACAAAGAGAAGGACUCGAUUCCUCUGUGGUAUUUGGGAAGUGAGCGGACGACUGAGGAUGCUGGAGCCUCUCCGCUGGGAUUGGCCUGGCUAAUUCCACUCUGGGUGGACCGAGAUCAAGAGGUGAGGUUUGCCAGUUUGGGUUUAGGAGCUGCUCUGUCCUCUGUGGCCAGUGGAUGCCAGGCUCUGUGUCGCAGCUGUCAGAACAUCAGCGGCGGUCUGUGGGGCACGCUGCUCAACAUCCUCCUGGACCAGCAGGAGACCAGCAUGGUCCGCAGAGAGGCUGCAUUUAUCUUGCAGAACUUGCUGGUGAUGCCCAUGCCUGCCAACGCAGAGGAGGCCAAGAACUCACACUGGCAGCACCCAUGUGUUCACGAUGAAGUGUCCGGUAUCUCUCUGGUGGGUCUUCCCGCUCUGCAGGCUCUGCUCCACCACUGUCAGUACUUCCAAAAUGUCGCUUUUUCUGCCACCACUUGUUACCGGGGCAGACACACUUUUCACCUUCCCCCUUGUUUUGACGAGCCCAGUGGGCCCGGUCUAAAGAGUGACGUGUCAGGUGAUUCUGAAAGUUCUUUAUGGUUUUGGAGAUGUGACCCCCCCACCGACUCGAGAAGACCUUCCAGCUCUCUGUCUACCUUCAGCACUGUGAUAAAAGGUUCAGGGUCCCACACUCCUAACAUUUCCUCUGCUGUAAGCAUCGCUGAUGAACCUCCUGCCUGCAGACUGACGGCUCAAGGCCAGAGUGAUACAGACACAAGCAACUCAGUGACCUCACAGGAAUCCCAGCUGUCAGCCGUGGAAGCCACCCUCAUUGUUACCCCUGACCUUCUGACGGCGCACUGUGGGGUUCUGACCAAUCUGCUGGCCAUCCUGCCAGAUUUCGUCCUCACCGCCAUCAGACAGAACCAGCUCCUCCACCUGUUAGCCAAUCUGGUGGAUGUUGGACUUAUAGAGAAGUGCCUGACUGAACUGAGGAUGCCGAAUGUCCUUCCUGGACAGCGGGAAGACAUAAAGACCCAGUUGGUGACUGCUCUUCAGUUCCUCUCUGGAUUUUCCAAACUCCUGCAGUUGUGCAUCCUUGCAGACAAAGAGCUGAUUGGCCAGAUGGAGGUCAUGAAACAGCUGUUAUCUGCUUUAGUGGCUGUUCUCAUGCUGGAUGUGAAAGGAUUAGAUGCAGGUAUUCGGCUUGUGGUUUGUGCGUGCUGGCAUGACGUCUUCACACUCCUAACAGCUCUGCUGAAGAGGAACGGCUCUGCAAUACACCCAUCUGUCUCUGCUGCUCUGGCGAGACGCUGGCGCUCAUUUGCAGGAACAUUAUCAGAGUGCAUGAAUGAGAAGUAUGCAGACCACCAUCUCCACACAGUGGCUCUGCAGUUCCUUUCUACAGUUUUCACAGAAGAGACGAACCGCCGCACUGAAGCAAUCCCAAACUCUGAACACAGCUCCCCGCUGUCAGAUAUCUUAAAUGGACCUCUGGCCAACCAGCUGUGUGAGUCGUUACUACAGAGCUUUGAGAAGCGGAGCCUUCGGGACCCUUUGAAGAAGCUGACUGGUCGCGCCCUGAUGACACUGCUCACCUGCAGUCCCUCUGCCCAAAAUUUUGCCUCCAAAGCUGGUUUGAUUGACAGCUGUGUAGAGCAGCUGAAGCAGAGUUAUUCCCAACUGGAAUCCGUCCGACCUGGCAAGGUGUCCCUCCAUAAAAAGGAAGCGGUCUAUUUAAAGGAAGUGAAGCUGACUGUGGAGAUCCUGCGGAGUGCACUUUACUGCAAUGAUGAAAGCAAAACGGCCGCCACAGACGCUCGCCUGUCUCAGGCCGUGCAUGGUCUCUGGCCUUGGCUCCUGCUGGAUGACCCCACCAUGGAAGCAGCACUGGAGGCUUUGUGUGUCUAUACAGCCAACUGCACAACAGCAUGCAGUGCUCUCUGUGGCAGCGGCCCCGGUGUAGUGCCAGGUGUCAAAGGCUCCUCCUCUUCCUCCAACAGCUCUCUGAUGCACAGCGUCAUGAAGCUGACCUCGCUCUCCUCAAACGGUCCCAUCCAGAACCUCGCUUUCUUUCUCCUCGCUAACCUGGUUGCGUCACGUGACUGCAGAGGCAUCCUGCAGAAGAAUAAUUUCCUUCAGGUUUUCCUGUCCGUGCCGGUGCCAAAGGCUCCUGGUGUAAAGGCCACGCCAGCAGGCGGGAGUGGGAGCCUCUUGGGUUUGUGGUUGAGACUGCUGGUCAGCCUCUCGUCUGCUGAAGACGGCCAGCAGAGCAUCCUGAAGGUGACUGGAAGCCUGGAAAUGCUGGCAGACCUGGCAACGCAUCGCCGACACGCUCUGCUCAUCCUCCACAACCUCUGCUUCUGCUCUGCAAACAAGUCACAUGUCCUCACCAGUGAUAAAGCUGUGAACGUCCUGCUGUCCUGCCUGGACAGUAAAGAUAUAGAAGCUCGCUGCAUUGGAGCAUCUGCACUGUGGGCUUUACUACACAACAACCAGAGGGCAAAGACUUCCCUCAAGUGUCCAACUGUUCGGUUGAAAAUCGAGGAGGCCCACGCCAUCUCUAAGAAAGAUGCAGAAGCCAAACCUGAAGCGUUCAGACUCCACCUGCUGAAGUGCCUGGAAAACCUUUCUCAGUUACUUAAAAACUGAAUAUAUUUAUAGAUCUCACUUUUUUAUGCUGUUGUGUGUCUGUAUAAUCUAUUUUUAGUUAAUAAAAGUAUUUUAACUAUC